AUGGCAACUCCUCCACAAGCAACCACUGAACCUCUUCGUAGGUCAGCCAUCAAACCACGAAAGACGUUCAGAGAAUUAUUUCUCCAUCGACUUCCUCACUACAAUGGACCUUACAAUGUUGGAUAUAUGGACAUCGAAGUUCCGGUUCGCGAUCCUCGGCCAAUUUCCAACCUUCGAAGAAAUGGGAAACCGGUCCUUCGACUGGACACAGUCCUGAUGGGAAUAUAUUAUCCAUGCGAUCUACAAUCUCAUAAUAACGCAGAAAAGCCUCGCCGCGUCGACUGGAUGCCACGGCCACGAACUGCAACUGCCAAGGGCUAUGCUAAAUAUCUUCAGAUCCCAGCGCUCCCGGUUACUGCCUACCUUGCCUGCACCUCUCUCUUCACAAAGUUGCCUGCAUUUCGAAACGCCAAACUGGCUGCCCACUGGCCAGAAGACAUACGCAAUGACUCUGGUCCAACUGGACAGAAGGCCAGGGAGGAAGAGGCAGAUUCUACAUGUCGGCCGACAUUCCCCGUCAUCAUAUUCAGUCAUGGACUUGGCGGCUCGCGACUUUGCUAUAGUUCAAUCUGUGGAGAGCUUGCAAGCUUCGGAUUUAUUGUCGUAGCGUUGGAACAUCGCGAUGGCAGCGGUGCCAGGACAUAUGUCAGUCUUCCAAGCAACGUGGAGGCCGCGGCUAUAGAAUCGUCAACAGCCGAAUUACACACAAAUAACGAGGGCAAGGAGAGUUAUACCAAAGAUAAAAAAGUGCAACGCCGAAGGAAGGAAGGAUCAAACCCAUAUUAUGUUGUUGAUUAUAUUCUUCCCAAAGACAAUGCCCAAGACACCUCUCCUCAUAACCGCAGAGGUGUUGAUCACACUUUAAGAUCAGCUCAAAUUGAACUACGACAAGAAGAGAUAAAGGAAGCCUUCUAUAUUCUCGACUUAAUUAACUCUGGUCAUGGAGAUGAUGUUGCAUCAUUGAACCUCCGAAAGAGCGGGAAUGUGGCAUCUAGCUCUAUGGGCCUCAAAGGCGUCAACUGGGAAGACUGGAAAGGCAACAUGUUUCUAAACAAUGUCACUAUGAUGGGACAUUCGUUCGGUGGUGCAACUACAGUCCAGAUUUGCCGAGAUCAUUCACUAAAAUGGCUAGGUCAGGGAGUUAUUCUUGACGCUUGGGGUCAGGCAACACCUCCGGCUGGAGAGAAUUCGAAGGAAAGGAUCGCGAAGCCUAUUUUAUCAAUCUCGUCCGAAGCUUUCAUGCACUGGAAGGAGAAUUUUGACAAAGUUGUCGAGUUUAGUAAUGAAGCCCGUGAAUCUGGGACAUUAUGCUGGAUGCUUACAAUCGUCGGAUCAACUCAUCUCGCAAUGACUGAUCUCGCUGUCCUUUAUCCACAGUGGAUGUCAAUACUAAUGAAGUCCAUGGUGAACCCAUUACGGGCAGUCUCUCUCACCAUCACGACAUCCUUGGAGUUCCUUAAAAUUGUACUACCUCCAGAACAGACCAAAUACAACAUGUGGGCAGACGAACAGCUGCUACAGUCUGCAGAGCCACCACCCGAACCCACAGAGCCUCUUCGGACGGACCACGCACCUGAUCAAAAGUGGGUUGCCGUACGCCUCAAGAUACCCAAUGAAUUCUCGGUACGGCUCAGGGCAUGGUUUCGCCAUACUUGGAGGUUCGUUAUUUGUGCAGGGCGUGAGGUCGCUGACCUCACCCAUGGCUUGCAUGAUUUCGGGCAGCAGGAAGAAAUUUGGACGCACAUGUGCCCUACUCACGAGGCUGUGGAGGAAUACAUGAACCAAUUUCGAUGA